AGGAAAUAAGCAACAGCGAAACACAGAACCAAGUGAAUUAUCACGCCUGUCCCCCUGUAACUAGGUGGUCGCGGUAUAGAUAGCAAGGAAGUCUCCCACUAGCUACGCUCGAACUUCCUUUCGCUCCCUCAGAAAAGUGAAUCCGCAUAAACACUACCAAGAAGAAUAGUCUUGUGUAUUUCUGUGCGCUAAGACUCAAGUAGGCACUAUCUGAGAGGUAACAUUGUUUUUUAACGAUAGAAGAACUAACUAUAGCAAGGUGCCCCCGCUUUGUCUUUGUCAGCGGCUAAUCUAAUUCUCAUUAACUCUUUGAGCAAGAAGCCCCUGCACUCAGUCUUCAAACGGAUUCCAGAAAGUAGGACUAUACAACCUGAUAGUACACGAACACUCUUGAGACGUCACAACUUACUGCUGGCCUUGAGUUAAUUGCCACCCCUAAUUACCUUACUGUGGCAAGUUUUCUGCUGAAGUUUGUAAUAGGAGUGCUUACUCAUCAUUGAAAAAUCUAACUGAACUACUCCAACCCGCGACACGACCGCAAGCAUCUAGUAGAGUGAUCGGCUUAAGUGUCAACGCUCUAUCUAUAAGACGCCCAAUAGCCAAACUAUUACCAGUUGUUCCAUUAUAAACUAGGCACUUAGCCACAACUUAUCUACAGCAGUCCUCGAAUCCACAGGAGUCUGAUCGUAAACGAAGAACCGCUUGUAAUACAUUUGUUGGUUGCGUUUUAGUCCUAUGCUCUCUCGAGUGGUUUGACCGCCUUUCCAUUAUCGACAUUGAACUGUUAGUAUCUAAGCAGAACUUCUACAAAAAUUUAAUGUGUAAGACCCAUUCGUCUGUUAUCACCUACAAGCUUCAUCUCCACGCAGCUGAGUAUAUAUCUUAUGUUAUCACCUCUAUCGUUUUGUUUGUCUAAAGCGCCAAAAGUUGCAAAUUGACUUCAUAUUUUCGAAACAAAGACUAACUACUAUCUUCAAUCGGAGUAAGGUUCUGCGGAGUCAACUCGGGAUUUGUAUCUGGGUAGCUUAUAUAUUCUGAAGUCAUAGGCCACAGUAUCGACCAAGGAAGCGCGGAAUUUGUUAGGAAACUUUCGUACCAGUGUAGUAAGAAUAUUACAUCUACAAAACAUUUAAGCAGUUUUCAACUUGUUAUCUGCAUUCGUAAAUCAGAUCUACCUCGUAUCUACUCUGAACUGCGAGGCCCUCUGUAUCGUAAGGGUGGCUUGCGCGCGUUUGCUUCUGGGAGCUGAAGUCAUCUAGACCGACUCAAUUUGAAUACUCAUGCAGGCGCGAGUACUUAUUGAGUAAGAUUUUACUUGUUCUACAUCAACACUCACUUCUGACGAAUAGCAACGACUCAUAACAACAGCUUUUGCUUCUUAUUAUCGAGAACUACUUGUUUAGCUUACCCUUCUUCAUAAGAUCGACGAACUAGCACGCAGCGUUUCUGCUCCUACAACUAACUUACUAGUCUUGAACAUAUAUAUUGGCCAAUAGUCGCUCAAAGUUCAUAGACUCAAGUAGAGCCCUUCCUAGUUUUCUAACGAACUUAUCUACAAAGUUUUAGCACUUAGCUGGGAGUUUCAAAGUUUGCUCGAUUGAUCACUAUGUCGUCAUCUUCUGCUUCUUGCAGCUCUUCUUCUGCAAAUCAGCAGAAGAUGCAGAGCAGUUCCCACGAGGACGGGCGGGGUGUGUCCUCGCCUGCUCGUGGGAGAGGUCCCAGCCCCGGCCCGAACCUGGCAUCCAGCGGAGGGGUGGCCAGAUAUGCGGGCUUGAUAGCCCCGGCUUCAGCCGCCGAAAUGCGCAAGAACCGUCCGCGCAAUCAAAGCAACAACCAGAACAACCAGAAUCGCCUGAGAUCCUCCUCCAACCAGGUGCCGGGUACUGGUAGAAGACAAGUGAAGGAAUACAUCAACGACGUGAUAAACCGAGUGCCCUGGCUCAAGAAGGCAUGCAGUGACGACAAAGGUCUAGUACAACAUGUAGCACGAAUUGUGACACAAAACUACAAGACACACACGAGGACCACGAAGUACCACUUCAUGGCAGGCAGAUGGAGGAAAAUGUGGGAGGCCUACAUGGAGGCUGAAUGUUUGCGGGAGGGUAAGCAAAUAGUAGCUACAAUCACUGAGGACGACGGAUCUACAGUUACUAUCACAUUCGGCAAGAAAACAGUCGGCACGGGCGUGGAGUUGGAAGACGAGCAGCUGCAGAAAAUCAGCCAUAUUCGGCCUGGGCUGAGAGCUCUAACAAGAAAACAGCUGUCCCAACCAGAAAAAAUCCACGAGAACUUGAAAGACGACCCGAACAAACUUCUCACACCCGAGGAGAUAUCUUUGCUCUUGGUAUCAGUAUCUGCUAUUUUACUUUUCUAUAUGAAAAACUGCUACGCUACUGACCUACAACUUGCUUUCAUAGAUGCUACACGGUAGAUCGAACGUCCAACUAUUUCAAAACAGACGUGCGCAAAAAUGCAAGAUGGUCUUUGUAUAGAGUACUCUUCUGGUGAUCCAUAUCUACAGUCUCCUCUAUCUAUCAAUUAAUCUCCUUCCUAUUAUUCCCUCCACACACAGGGCCAGCUACCGAAGCCGGAAUCUUUUUCCAGAGACAGCGGGAAAAGCUGGCUGAAGCUCAUUCUUUACGUUCCGCAACUUCAGUCACACUAUGCGAAGACUUUGGCAACUGAAAUGGGCAAAACGGGCACGAACUGGCUAGAGAGGUACUUUCCCAGAUAGAUACUAGUACCAAUCCAACCUACCAGUCUCUUGAUUACCAGCACAGCUUGCAGUUUGAAGCUAUUAAUGUCAGGAUCGAUUAGAUAAAAUUUUUAAUGGCCCUCACUGUAAGUAAGAAAGUAGGUAGGCAUUCUUUUAGUUUACAGGUGCAGCUAUGGGUUCGCUAUGUAUAGGACCACAACGACCAUCUUAUCUUGUUUUAGCGAAAUUCUGUUCCCUCUCGACAGUACUCUGCUUCUUCAAAUCUUCUACUUACAUUUAUACUGCAGGAAUUGGGCGUUUGUUGACUUGUUGAAUCUGGGAGCGGAAGGCAAGCUGAGGCUCAAAAAAGAAACGGCUCUACCGGAAAACGCUGCAGCCCUGCAUCUUGCAUUGUUUCUGAAAUACGUGAUCAACGUCCAUAACUUCCAGAGAGCCGGCGAGUAUGUUACUUCCAACUCUGAAAUGGCGCGUCUGGCGACUGGUGACGAUACUGUCAGAAAAGGACAGCUGCAGUCCGGAACCCUCACGCAGGAGCCACAAAUCCCCUCUAUGCAAACGCAACAAUGCAUGUCAACGGUCUGGCAACCUGUGUGGAAAUGCUUUCAAAGCAUUGCUGAAAAAAUGGAGUUAUGGCUUAAGCAGACGUUUUGAAUCAAAGGAAAUUUUCUACUUUCUUUGUGAUUUGUUUCCAUGAGAGGCACAUCUUCACUUUCCAUCUUACAUAAGGAAAAAGAAUCUGAAGCGCUAACACGUGAAGAGAAUACUGGCGCUGAGGCUCUGCUCGCCAUCAAAGAGCAGGUAGACGCAGUCAAAUUCUUCCAAGAUGAGUACGAAAUAGCCAGCUGCAAGUCUUCUGGAGAUGGCAAGGUGAAGGCCGCAGAAUUGCGGAAAAAACUAGGUGAAGCUUGUGACGAUCUGAACAUAAAGAUGCUUGGCUGUUUCACGGAGGGGGACGAUCUCAACGAUAAAGCGAUAGAGUAUCUCUUUGAAACGUAUUCCUUUUAUUCAGCUAUCAUAUAUAAUGGCGAUUGAUUUUUUUUCUCUUGUUCGUGAAUUUGUGGUCCAAGUUAUAGUCGUACUUCACGGAGCUGAGACUUCUUGCAAUUCUUCACUUUCCUUUCCAGGUGGCCUACGCCAUUGGAUAUGCCGGAGGGAAUCAAAGCAAAUUAUGGCGACUCUAGUUUUUCGUUUGUUCUCACCUCUCCUUUCAUUUUUUACAGAGUAGACAGUCACACCUACCUUUACAUGCUUACUCCUUUCUAACAACUGUUUCCGUGUUGUGCGUAUCAGCGUGAGGUGGAAGCGAUAGGGGAGAAGAAGUGCCUUGCUCGUAAACGCUACAUGACCAAAGCAGUGAUAGCAGCUAUGGAACAAGGGCGGCCCAUGAAAGCUCGGCUCAUCCACAAGCAAGUUAUGGAGGAAGCGCAUGAGAAGGAGGAGGUUGUGGACGAGUUCUUAGACCAAUUUCGGGGUCCGUGGACUCUGGACUUGAUCGAGGAUUUCACGAGUAACUACCUGGCCGAUUGGGAUCUCAUGGAUUUCGGAGAGAAGAUGCUGAUGGAGCGACUUUAUAAGGUGCUACCUUUGAUACGAAGACCCACUUUCUAUAUAUGUAGCCUUUCCCUAUAGGUUCGCGUUGUAGGGUCAAAAACUUUUACAGACAGCACUGCGUGGCAUUUUUUUAAAAAAUCUACAACUGGACUCGUUAGUUUCGUGCUUCAGUCCUGGGCAGCUUCUCUCAUGGUCAUGGGUCAUUCUUUACUUACCAGGUGAAAUAUGCCAUCGACAAAAAUCACGAUGUUAACGAUUAUAGUGAAGGAGUCGGUUUCCGGGCUCUGGAAUAUUACCAAAUGGCAAACACGAACGAGCGCUUGACGCAGAUCAGCAACAACCUCGACACUUAUGACAUGACUGGUAUAGUUAGAUAGAUAGAGUCACUGUUUUUAAGUUUCGUUGCCAAAAAGUAUAUCUCCACCCUUUAUCUUACUAUCAUAUACUACAUUUCUCUCGCUGCAUGUGUCCUGUAGCGACCUGACAAGACAAAUAUGGUCUAGCUAGCUAGCUACUGCUCCUCGUAGUGGGAGUGCACACUGUGCAUUUCAGAUGACCUGUCGAAGCUAUCGUAGGGGACUUUGGUGUUACUUUUUUGCCUGCGACAUGCAUCAGCUGACUUAUACGUAGACACAUAUAUACUAAAGUGUAUAUUCAGCGUGCAGGACAUCCUUGACUUAUGCCACAAGCACAACCCCUCAAUCUUGCAACAGGUAAAGCGUCGUACCUUUCUCAAGCGAUCGCGAAUUGGAUGGUAUUGAAGCCGUGGGUUACUGCCAAGGCGCAUCCUAUUUUCGCUGCCAAAACUGUAACCGAAUUGGACUCCAGGAUUGAGGCCGCAAGCAAAAAGCAGUCGGCUGCUGACGUGCAACUGAAGAAGAAAAAAGAGAAAGAGGAAAUGGCGUCCAGCGUCGCAUUGCUUAAAGGAAUGCAAAAAGGCGAGAAAUCUGCGCAAGCAGCUGACAAGGUAACUAAGUCAUCCUUGAUUUCAAGCAUGUGAGACCCAUCUAUUUAGGACCGGGCUUUUAUUUGCCUUUGUUGUCACCGACGGACUCUACUGCAGGACAGCAAGGGCUUUCCUUACUAUACUGAAAAAGUUGCAUGCGCCCUUUCUCUCAUGAUUCACCUCGAAGUAGCCGGCUUUGGGUUGUCCAACAUUUGAAGUGCAACAUUGAAGCUUAUGAAUCUAAUUUUUCGCAAAUGCUUGGUUUUCAUUCUUUUCACUUUGGUUGUUGUUGGCUGGAGACGGGCUCUCAUCUACCAACCCCUUUCGCAACUAGCACCAAGUAUUUGCACACGGAAGAUUCACCAUUGUCCACCCAACGACCUUUUACAGACGUCGAAACAAGCUGCGAAGAAAAUUGCCCGAGACAAAAAAUUGGGACGAGACCAAGCCGAGUUGGAAAUGAUGGGUGUUUUGGAGGACCAUGGCGAUUCUCUCACGGAAAGCAGGCAAGGAAGCGAGUAUCUCUUGCCACGUGCCAAUGACCGCGAUUACAUCAUGCAAGGCGCUAAAUAUGCUGAUAAUGACGCGAACCUUAACGACUUUUUUCUCACUUCCGGUUCGACCUCGAGUUCCUCGACAUCGCGUCCUCUAGGCAACACUCGUCUUAACAAGGACCCGGAGGUAGCACGUGAGCAGAAGCGAAUCACGCAGGCUAAAAACGACUUGAUGAAAGACUUUUGCGCCGCUCCUGAAGAUGAAAACGGUGACGCUCACAUGCUCGACGCUGAAGAAUACGAUGAAGGAAAGGAUGAGGAUGGCACGUUUCUUCCGAAGAGCACGGGCGAGGAAGAUUGCGGAGAUGUAGAAGGAGGACAACACAUCAACUUCAUGGAGGAUUUCAACUUCGAUGAAGAUGAGGAGGAGGUGGAAUUCGUAGAGGAAGGGGAGAUGGUAGAGGAAGAGGAGAUGGUAGAGGAAGAGGAGAUGGUAGAGGAGCACAAUGAAGAGGAUGAUGGUGAAGAAGCAUCUGAGAUGCCUCCACAAACCACGACUUCGACGACGUCGAGCGGCCAAAAAAUAACAAACAAGUCAUCUUCUAGCUCCAGCUCUCUUCUUCCGCCUGCUAAUCGCCUCAAGGAAAGCUCUUCAUCCUCAACCGCUAGAAAAUGCAAAAAGGACGAACAGGCAGAUGAUGGCGAUAGAUCAAAGCAGACCAAGAAACAGAAGCAGAAGAAGCAGGAACAAAAAAUCCACAAGCGUCUACGCAGAUACGACUACCCGGAGUACCCUUGCGGCCCCGAAGGGCAGUACAUGCCAUUCUUGGUCUACUCUUACCCGUGGAUGUUAGACAAGUGGUUUGUAACGUCCAAGUUUAUGGCCCCAUAUGCCUGCAUCGUUACGCCUAGCAUCCCAAUGGAGAGGUGGCAUGCCAGACCUAUCAAUCUCCACUGGGUAGCUCAGAACAAUGCAAGCCCUACUUUGAGCAGCCUUCCUCUAACAUGAACAGAGACCUACUCAGCACAGAGUACAUGGUGAACAAGCAGCAUUUCGAUUACUGCAUGGACAAGAAGAAGCCUCCGCAGGUGUCGUUGUGUAUCAAGAACCCUGAAGGAAAGAAAGGAACUGAUCUACCACAAAUGUUCUUCGACUGGCUGAACGGCAUUGCGGAACAUUGCAUCAACUUGUUCCCCGACAACAGUGACCCAGAAGUGCGAGUGGAUAAUGUGCGAAAGGCGUUCGUCAAUGAGGUCGACCUGUACUGGCGAGCAGUGGCGGAGGACUACGUCCUUAAGCGACGCCAAAUUUUUCAGUGUGAGUUUGACUACAUGCACAAGUGCUUCGUCUUCCAAAAUCUUCUUCAAGAAAAGCCGGAGCUCCAAGGACCGUGGAUGGAGGGAAAGAUGUGGCAGGGUGACGACGUGCUAGAAAAUCCAGGUCUAUGCAAGCCGGUGAAUCUAAAACAGCACGGAGAGAAGCUACAACAUCAGCUACUAAGAGCAAACAGGCUUCCCACCAUUGCCGAAGGAAAGGAGCAAGAGGAAGAGACCAAGGCAGCAGUGCCCCAACAAGCAGCAGCAGCUGUUGACGAGGACGGAGACAAGAAGAUCACAGAGGUGAGAUUUUCGAAUGCAGGUGGAGCACAAACAGCAGUGGUAGAGCAUCUGGAUUUAUGCGCUCGCGUGCUAUUCAUUUUGUAGUCGAUUGCAAUUGUGAAACGGAGCAUCAAUUUGGUAUAAUAUCAGCAACACUCAAGCAGCUUUUUUCUGGCUUGGUUAGUUUUUCCUUUUCUAUACCUAGCUAUGCACCCGUACAACUGCUUACUGAAGUAUUACUUAUUCAUUGUUGCUCUCAUUUUCAUUACGGAAAGCAAUGGCUAUCGCGAGGAACUCCGGACCCAAGCCAGCUGUUGUUGCAGAUGCUGCAGAACUUUCUGCUGCGCAGCCGACUGCUGUUGGUGCCGAAUCUGCUGAAAAGCAGUCAGCUGCCGUUCUUGGUGCAGAAUCUGGCGAAAAGCAGCCAACAGUUGCUGGGCCUGUACCUUCACGCGAAGCCGAGCCGACUGCUGACGAGGCAGUACUUCCCGUCUCCGUGCCGACGGCUGUUGUUGGGCCAGGAGCAGCACCUCCCGAAGCCGGCGUGCCGACGGCUGUUGGGGCAGAAGCAGCACUUCCAGAAGCCGUGCCGACGGCAAGUGGGUCAGUAGCAGCACCUCCCGAAGCCGUGCAGAGUGCAGAUGGCGCAGCACCUCUCGAAGCCGUGCCGACGGCGGAUGGGCCAGUAACAUUGCCUCCCAAAGCCGUGCCGACGGCAGAUGGGCCAGUAGCAGUACCUCCCGAAGCUGUGCAGACUGCAGAUGGCGCAGUACCUCCCGAAGCCGUGCAGACUGCAGAUGGCGCAGUACCUCCCAAAGCCGUGCAGACUGCAGAUGGCGCAGUAACUCACGAAGCCGUGCAGACUGCAGAUUGCGCAGUAACUCCCGAAGCCGUGCAGACUGCACAUGGCGCAGUACCUCCCGAAGCAG